AUGCCAAUAAAAGCAAUGCGACAAAGUUUACAGAAUACUUGGGCAGGCUGUAAUGGAAAUGUGACAAAUCCAGGCUGUAGUAAAGAAGCAACAAUGUUGAAAUGUGACAAAAUGUUCAUUCGAUUUGACAAAGAACACUUCAGAAUUCUUGUCCCGGAAGUUCAAGUCGCAGAAGGAAAGAAAGAAGAAAACGGACAAAAUGGUACUUCAACAGAUGGGAACAAAAAUUUGUCUGUUUCAACAACACAAAAUAUGGACACUACAAGUGAAUUAGUAGACACUACAACUACAAACAGUAUAGAGGUUACAAGGACAUCACCUACUAUCGAUACAAAGACGUCACCAGCUACCGAGCCUUCAAAAAUGUCUACAACUACCAUUGUGUUUAUUAUUUCUGUCAUUGGUUUUUGUAAGCAUUGUUGUUGUGUUUUGCACUUUGUUUCGACGAAAGAAGGAAGAAAACGGACAAAGUAAACAAGAAGAAAGUCAAUACAGUAAUCCACAUUCAACUCAAUCAACUACAAAUAUGUCUACAACAACAGACUCCAAUGUUG